CUUAUUUUGUCCCGUACCCGCGGCAGAUGAUGGAGUAUGAGUGAAGCUAGCUUGCAAAGAGCGACAACAUACUUGCAGCAUUUUAUCUGGCAUCUCAAUAUGUUAGAACAAAAAGCGACGGAAUAAUAAAGGCACCUUAAAGCCAUUUAGAUGAUGAACAUACUUCGUUUUGCGUGCUAGUCAUAUGAACUGUGCUGAAAUAUUUAUGUAGUCAGGGCGAGCUAGCUUGUAGGAGCUAAUAACAAACUUUAGCAUGCACGCGAUACAAGCAUUCAGAGAAGCUGCAAGACUGAAACUCCCAGUGGAAACAAGCGAUAAUACAACAACGAGGGGGCUGAGGCAACAGUGACACCAUGUACCCUUGUUCGUAUAACCCCACGAAGCCUAGCUGCAACAGCAGCAGCAUCACUGAGCUGCUGGGUGCCCUGUGUGACUGCAGCCUCUCUGGGGUGUCGUGGAAGCGUCGUGCUCUUGGAGGAGUCUCAAGAGAAGGUUUCCGCAGAGCUCUUAGGAGGCGCGCAUAUGGCGCUCUGCUAUCCAGGCUGUUUCAAGAUGGAACCAAAGCGGCUGCCUCAGGACUAUGUGCAACAGCUAAUACACCUCCCAGGAAUAAAGUGCUGAUGAUUUGUUUUGACCUGAGGGUGGCAGGGUGCAGGGAGGAAGCAGAGAGUUUAGAAGAACAGCUGGAGAGGUUGCCUGAGGGAGCAUCCUCUGGUCUGAAGGAAGUAGAUGCAGUCCUUGAGCUCCUGGUGCACCUAGCUGGUUCAGCACCGCCACCUCCUACCUCCUUUAGCAUGGACUACAUGAGGCGAGAGCGGCCUGUGUUGCGAAGACCUCAGCCCUGGAGCUAUCAGAGUGAAGAACUGCAGAGGCUAGAAGCCAAUGCAUGGGGGUUAGUGUGUGGGCAAGAAUGGGGGACUUUGGAAAGCUUGUAUGGAUCUCAGAGACUGAUGGAUGCCCCUCCAGGUACGGGGCUACUGGCUCUGCGGAUUAAAUUGGAAACUGAAGAAAGGUUUGAGAAGGAGACCAGAAUGACACUGUUCGGAGCAUUGCAGCACACACGCACUUCAGACAUAGACAUAAGAUUGGACCUGCCUCCUGUUCCCAGUAAUAUUGAUGUAACUGGGCUGGCCAUUAGGGUACCCCCUUGUAUAGAUCAGUCGGAGGAUGAAGGCUUCCAGUCGGCGUCUAACCUGACCCCAGACUCUCAGUCAGAGCCCAGCCCCAUUCCAGACAUUGACAUAUGGGAAGCUGUCCGCACAUUUGAACCGGGAAGGCGCCGCUGUUGGGAAUCUGUUGGUUGCCCACCAGGGAAAAGGGAGUCUCUCUAUCUAACAGAAGGAGGCAGAGAGGCCUUUGACCAGCUUUAUCGUUUAUUGGAGGGGGAGAUGAGAGUGAUGAGCAGUAGCACACCCUCUCCUAUCCUUUUGCUUCCCUUGGACUCUCAGACACAGCUCGUAUCUGACCUCCUCAACAUGCUGAUUGGAGUAGCGUCCACAACCUUCCCUCUUGAUCAGAGUGUCCAGUUUGAUGUCAGACCUGGUGUGUGUGUGUCAGGAGCCUCCCCAGAGAGCGUGUCUCGUCUCCUGGGAGAGCUGGCCCAGUAUGGUACAUACUACCUGAGGCUUAGUCGCUUCUCUCUGCAGAGUCCUGACAAGAAAGGAUUAGUCUUUCAGGCUUUCACUGGGGGCCUGCGGAAGUACCUGCACUACUACAGGGCAUGUGUUCUGAGCACUCCACCCACCCUCAGCCUGCUGACUGUUGGCUUCCUCUUUCGCAAAGUUGGCCGCCAGCUCAGGUACCUGUCAGAACUGUGCUGUGUACAUGGGCCUUUGGGUGCAGGCCAGACUACCUUCCCUGUGGGCGUUAAACUGCUAUCCUACCUGUACAAUGAAGCACAGAGUAACUGCAGCAAUGAGAACUACCCAGUCCUGCUGUCGCUACUGAAGAGCAGCUGUGAACCAUACACACGGUUUGUGUCUGACUGGGUGUACAGCGGCGUGUUUCGAGAUGUUUAUGGAGAAUUCAUGAUCCAGGUCAAUGAAGAGUUCCUUAGCUUCAGAGAUAAACACUUCUGGAUUCAGGGCUACACUUUGAUCUCUAAGGAUGUGGAGGAUUGUGUUCCCAUCUUCCUGAGACACAUCGCCAAUGACGUUUACGUCUGUGGGAAGACCAUCAACCUCCUCAAGAUCUGUUGCCCACAGCACUACAUCUGCUGGUCUGAGCUGCCCAUGCCUCGCAUCGCUGUCACCUUCUCCCUGCAGGAGGUGGAGGAGAUUGAGAGAGACUGCGCUGUAUAUCGUGGACGGCUGGAGAGAAUCGCUAAAUACAGCGCCGUCAGCAGGGAGGAGCAAGCCCUGCGAACAGAGAGGGCACGCCAGGAGCUGAUCAAUCAGGUCAGGGAGUCGGCAGCCAAAACUCUGGAGAGCAUCCGCGGGCGCCAGGUGUCACAGCGUCUGGCUGAGGAGGCCAAGAAGAGGGAGCGGUUUGAGGAGCUGAAACAACACCUGGAGCAGGAGCAAGAGUGGCGAAAUGCAGCCAAGAAGAAACAGGAGGAAGAUGACUUUAGCUUUGCCAGAGAACUGAGAGACAGAGAAAAGAGGCUACAAGCCCUGGAGGAGCAGCUGGAGCAGAGAGCCAGGAAGGAACUUAUUGCUCAGUACAGCCGUCUGUCGGAGGAAGCAGCCUGCCGAGAGCGGCGGGCGCUGUGGAGGGUGCAGCGAAUGAGACUGGAUGCAGCCCGCGCUCAGUUCUUUGAGCAUGACAGGGAGCAGAUUCAGGCAAUACUGGAGAACUACCCGUUGGGCCGGAUGAGACCUCCUGCCGAAGUGUUGCCACCUGUUCCCUCAGUGCAACAGACUGAACCACGACCCACACCGGAGUGUCUCAGGCAGGAGCCGUCUGAACAACAGCCUUCUGACACUCAUAAAUCCCUGAUGCUGUCACCACCUGACCCAUCUUUCCCCACUGACGCCCCCCUGACAUUGGAUCCUGCUCUCAUCUCUGAGAGCAUUGAUAUAAAUGAUUUUCUCCCCAAAUCUCCAGACCCUGGUGGUCAGCUGGUGGACACAGCCCUACAGGAGAUUGGCUCUGACCUACCUGAAGCCUGCCCUACAGCCCAACUGGUUGACUAUGACUUCAGUGCCCCCUUUAGUCCACUUGAGGGUAUCGCCGGCCAAUCGUCAGUGCAGCCGCGGCCUCGCUGGGCAGCUGCAUUUCACCCUGACUUAAUUCAAAGCCACCCCUCUUUCUCUCAAAUCCCCAUCGGGGAAAAUAUGUCUCAAGUCCAGGAGAGCAUCCCAAACGCCAGCCCCUUUGGCCAUGCAUCCAAAUCCAGCUUUACACCAGGGCAGUACACCCCAGAGGAGCCCCAGAGCACAUCUAAAGCCAGUGUUUACGGACCGUCCUCUCAAGCCUCAGUGCAGCCAGUCAAUGGGAGCUCAAACACAGACCACACUGAAGAACGUGAUGCAUCUAUGCCAGAAGAGCAGACUGAAAGGAGGAUUUCAGAGAGUAAAUCUAUUGACCCUACUAAUGAAGACGGCCUUGCCGAUACUGUGCUUUGUAGUACACAAGGGCAAGGUCUUGAUGACAAUAAAGCAGUGACCGACUUUGGUCUGGUUAAACCCCUUCAGGCAGGGACUCCAGAUCACACGUCAGAUGCUCGACCUUCACCCAGCCUCCACGGACAUUCCUCUGAUGCCCACAUAAAGCUGGGACAGUUCGUACCAGAGGUAACUGUUCCUCUGCCAUCACCCAGUAUUCACGGCCACGCUUCAGAUUCUCACAUUAGCACUGGAGGUCAUGUUUCAGAGGUUGAUGCUCCUCUCCCUUCCCCCAGUGUUUAUGGUCACUCUUCUGAUGCUCACAUUAAAGUUGGGGAAAACGUUUCGGAAUUUGUCGCUCCUCUUCCAACUCCGAACAUCCACGGCCAUGCAUCGGACGCCCACAUCAAGGUUGGGGAGCUUGUGUCGGACGUAGUCACACCACUUCCCACUCCCAGCAUCCACGGUCACUCAUCUGACGCGAACAUUAAAGUGGGCGAGUUUGUGUCGGACGUAGCUGAAGCAAGGCCUCGCUGGAGUAAACACGGGCAUUCCUCCGACAGCACACUGCAGCCAGGCUGCGUGGUUUCUGGAGAUCAACCGGCUCCUUCUCCUUUGCCUGGAAGCUCCCGUGCACAUUCAUCAGACUCAACAUUAGUGAUUGGAUGUGUAGUUACAGGAGACGAACCCAAACGCUCUCCUCUCCCUGGCAGUUCUUAUGGACAUUCAUCAGACUCCAAUUUAGGCAUCGGGUGUGUGGUUUCCAAAACAGAUCCGCUCCGAUCACCACUUCCAGGCAGCGCCUACGGCCACUCCUCGGAUUCAACGCUGGGUGUAGGAUGUGUGGUGCUGGGGACCGAGCCGCAGCUCUCCCAAAUACCAGGCAGAGCUUUUGGCCAUUCAUCAGAUUCUUCACUUGGAACUGGUUGUGUGGUGAAGAGCAAAGAUAAAGAAGAUGAGAAGAAAAAAGAGGCCAUUGAAGAUGAAGGUCCUGGUGAGCACCUGUUGGAGGUCAUGGGGUCGUGUGCAGCCAACUUCAUCAUGUCCCCAGGAGAAAAAUCUGAGAGGGAAUACCUGCUAGCCCUGUCUGCGCAGUAUGAGGUGGAGCACUAUGAAGACUGCUACAACCUGAUGGCCUCUUCCCCUGAGUGUCAGCUCCUGAAACAGGUAACGCGGGGCCCGUGGGGCCUUCCCAUGGACCCUACACUCCGCAGAGCCACUGACACCACCGCCGUCCAACUCAGCGAGAUGGUUUCCCUGCCGGUUCUGAUAAAACACUCCGUCACCGCCCCACUCAUCACACAUGUAUCUUUGGUGAACAAGGCGGUGGUGGACUACUUUUUUGUGGAGCUCGGGGUGGAGAGACACUUCGAGGCGCUGCGCCACUUCCUGCUGAUGGAGGACGGCGAGUUCGCCCAGUCCCUCAGUGAUCUGCUCUUUGAAAAGUUGGCCAGUGGACAGACUCCCGGCGAGCUGCUGACCCCCCUCGUCCUGAACUCCAUCCUCAGCAAAGCCCUGCAGUACAGCUUACACGGAGACACCCCCUUGGCUAGCAACUUCACCUUCGCCCUCCGCUUCCUGCCGGAGAUCUUCCACCCACACGCGCCCGACUCCCUCAACUGUUUAGAGCUGCGCUACAAGGUGGACUGGCCGCUGAAUAUCAUCAUCACGGACAGCUGCAUGAACAAGUACAACCGUCUGUUCUCGUUCCUGCUGCAGCUCAAACACAUGGUGUGGAGCCUCCGUGACGUCUGGUUUCACCUCAAGAGAACAGCACUGGUGAAAGGCGCCGGGCGCUCUGUGCAGUUCCGUCAGCUGCAGCUGUACAGACACGAGAUGCAGCAUUUUGUCAAGGUGAUCCAGGGUUACAUCGCCAACCAGAUCCUGCAGGUGUCCUGGAGCGAGUUCACGGCCAAGCUGGCCACUGCCAGCGACCUGGACGCCAUCCACCGCACACACGCAGACUACCUCAACAGAGCCAUCUUCAGGGGCCUGUUGACUGAAAAAGCAGCGCCGGUCAUGAACAUCAUCCACAGCAUCUUCAGCCUGAUCCUCAAGUUUCGGGCCCAGCUGAUCGCACAGGCCUGGGACAGCCAGCAGGGGGAGGCAGUGCACCCCAGCUUCAUUGCCAUGCAGCAGUCGUACAACACUUUCAAGUAUUAUUCCCACUUCCUUUUCAAAGUGGUGACUAAGCUGGUGAACAGAGGCUACCAGCCUCAUUUAGAGGAUUUCCUUCUCCGCAUCAACUUCAACAAUUACUACAAAGACUCCUGAGCCGUGUGCUGGCGUACAGUAUGUGUAAGCAUGAAUCUUAGUGUUGCAAUGUCACGAAAUGGACUGUACAGUGUUCAUUGGAUAUAAUUCAACAGCGUGAGACAGGUCAGAUAAAUGCAACCUCACCUGUACUGUAUAUAUUAGUGUGUAAGCAAAGUGUGUAAAGUAGGCUUUGUGCUUAUCUGAUGCCUACUGUACCAAAUGUCUCACAUGCUCAAUUGUGCCUAUGAGGGUUAACUGCAUCUGAAUGAAAUUCAUUUGAAGGCAAAAUGUUUUUGUUUAAUAAAUGCUCUAUUGUUCUGUG